GUUGGCACUGAAAAUAAGAAAAUUGGAGUGUCAUCAACACCUGAAUUAAUCACCGUGAUUAUGGACUGAUCUAAUAACCUCAUGAAACGGUUAUAAAAACUAACAAAUCGUUUAUGAAAGUUAUUUUUAGUAUUGAUACUUAAUAAACAAAGGAUUUCUUACGGACAAUAAUUUCGUAAAAUGUCGUUUUCCGAUUACGAGCAGACAUGUCACGAUCAUGGAACCCUGUUGGUCCUUUUGCGCCCGAUUGGCACUCAAAUAAAACAAAACCUUGUGACAAAAUUGUGCGAGCGUAUAAUGAAAAGUGGUAGUUGUUUGACGGUGAUAGAUUCAAGUGGAUCGACUCGCGAAAUUUUCACCCGUUUUGUCAAAGAUUAUCCUGUUGAGAACAGUGAUUGGGGUGAUUUUCAAACGCAUCGCAGAUUACUGGGUCUUAUUACUUUUGGUAAAUACAAUGAUCAAACAGAGUUAAAUGAGCUCUGUCGUAUACAUGAGACUCUAAAAGUCAGGUAUUCUUCGACACUUUAUGAUUCGCGUACAGUUCUCUUUGGGCCUGUAAAAUCUAACAGUCUAAAGGAACCUCCCCUAGGGUUCACAACUCCAUCAAAUUUUAAGACAAGCGGUAUCUUCUUUCUGGAUGAAUCUUGUCCUGAAUUAGAAACUGAGAUCAUGGAAUGUUUAAACCUGCUCUUCUGGAUACUGGAAUCUAAGAGACUAGAAAGGUCAAGAGAAAAAAGUGAACGAGUAUCUUUAAUUGUGGCACCUUUUGAGAAGAAGGAUUUUAUUGGGCUUGAUAUGGAGUCAAGAAACAACAGGAAGAGAUGUAUUGGACGUAUGACCAAACAUCUUGGGGAUUUGUGUCUUCAAGCUAGCUUACAUUCAGACGCACUAAGUCACUAUAAUUCAGCUGCAACUAUUCUUCAAGGAGUCAACGAUUGGUUAUGGCUAGGAGCUGCAUUGGAGGGCCUCUGUGCAGCAUCUGUCAUUGUUCUUUAUCCCAAUAUGCGUAGGAACUUACCACUGCAAAGAAAUUCAUCAUUGCAGGAGGGCAGUCCGGGUAAACAAAGAUUCAGCUUCCAACCUCCAAUGCCUUUACGCGUGUCGCUAGCAAGUGAAGAGAUCAAGGCUGAAAUGCCAAAUAUAUUACCACCCGAAGAUAUACCCAAAAAGUACCGUGAAGCGAUAGUACACUACAGCAAAUACCAAAAUGCAGGAAUCAUCGAAACGGAAGCUAGUUUCAAAGCUACCAGAAUCUCAAUUGAACAAAACUGCACUCUUCAAGCUGCGUCUUUUCUCAACAAUGUUGUAUUAAUCAAUUUAACGAUGAAUGAUCAAGAGAAGAUUGAUCGAUUUACAAUGUUAUCUGAGCUGUAUUCAUCAUUUGGAUUCUUGAGGAAAGCUUCAUUCUGCUUGCGUUUAGCAGCGACAAGGCAUGUCUCCAAAAAUAACCCGGAACCUGAUUGGAGGCAAUGUUACAAUCUAAUGUUGCAAGCUACACCUGGAUUCAGAUUGUCUAUGGAUCCAACAGAAAUGUCACAAGAUUAUCGAAGGGGCUGGCCAGCUAUUCAGAUUCAAGUUAUAAACGAGCUUAUAGCCGCUGCCAAUAGAAUGGGGAAUCCUGCUCUUGCAACUAGACACAUGACAUUUUUACUUCAAAUAAUGUACAAUUACCUGAGCCCUACAGAACGUAAGGAUAUCGCUUUACAACUUCAGAGUGCUUCACAACAAUGCGAAGGCGCUCCAAUACCACUUGUUCUAGACUCAGGAAUUGUCGUACCACCCGCUAAUUUGAUAAAUAUACCAACAACAAAGUCUUUCGUUUUGAAAAAUCUUCAGCCCCAUUUGCAGCCGCAAAAAAUUGAACGCGUCAAAGAAGAUCACGGGCCAUUUCUCUUUACCCCAAUAAACUUCGGAUCAUUGGAGAGAAAAAAUACUUCAAAGAGUAAAGUCGAUUACUUAUGGGUGGAAGGUGAUAUUUGUGAAGUUUCGAUCCAACUGAUAAAUCCUCUACCCUUCGAACUCAACGUCUCUAAUAUGCGGUUACUGACGAACGGUAUUGUUUUCGAAUCUCUUCCCGAGAGUAUUACUCUCCCUGCCGAAUCAAGACCGAUUGUUGUUACUUUGGCUGGUACGCCGAAAGAGGUCGGAGAUCUUGAGAUUUUGGGUUUCAGCACUCAUACACUGGGAGUCAAGUCGAAUUGUCGAUUGAAAUAUAUAAAAGCUACACCAUAUCCACAUUAUAUGGUCGAAAUAAUUCCAGCGUUGCCGAAAAUUGAAAUCGUUACGAGCCUGCCGCAAACUGCUAGCUUCAGCUCGGGUGAAAAUAUUGUUACCAGCGCAAGUGUAUCCCUUUAUGGGGGAGAAAGCUCUGAAUGCACAAUUACACUGACGAAUACUGGGUUGGUAUCUAUCGAAAUAAUCGAACUUUCCAUGCAAUCAACUUUGGAUGCAAUAACAGAGGAAAAGAUAUUUAAAUGGAGUGAAGAAAACUUGAAAAUGCAGCUACCUCUUCAGCCUGGUGCAAGUGCAAGUAUAACUCUGUACUUGUAUGCCGCAACAGAUUUUAUAGCUCCAACGGCACACAAUCAAAUGUCUAAUAGUGCGUACUUGAGUCAAAUGUGUGGUUCGAUGUGGCAUUCGGGGCACAGUUCUCUGCCAUCUCGUCUGAAUUCGCCCUCGGAACAUAUUAAAAGGCAAUCCGAGCUCACAUCAUCACUCCGAUCGGGCCUUGGCCCGAACCUUCUAAGUAGUAAGAUGUCGGCGAAUACGACUUUAUCAACGCUAGCGGCACCAAUACCUGCUUCAAACCUAACCGAGGGUGAAUUGAGAAUAAAAUACUCUGGUGGUGCUGGACUCGCUGCUGGUUAUUGUCGAAUUUCGUCAGUUUUUGUGACGAUUGAAAUAUUACCGAGUGUUCAAAUCACCAGUUGGGAUGUUCUUCCUGCAGAAACACCAGCUAAAUUUUAUCUAGUAUUGGACGUCAUUAACUUGACGAAUCACGAGAUGGAGCUGCACUAUACUCAAAACAAGUGUAUAUAUAUGGAAGGAAGAGAACCAUGUCGUAUACCAGUGCCAGUUAAUCGAUACCCCUUGAACAAACUAUCCAUGCUCAAUGAAGCCGGCGAUGAAGUGGAACUAAAAAAGCUGUGUGCUGAGCAUAUUGCUUCUUUGGUUGAUCUGCGAUGGCAAUUAUUUGGCACUGAACUCACGGGAAAAGCAACCCUUUCGGGUAUAACUUUAACUCAAGACAUGCUGGAUCUCGUGCGAAUGAGCCCGUUGCAAUGGGAAAUCAUCAUAGACGAAGCUGUGGUGAGAGCCCAGGACGAGAUAACAUGUACGCUGGGCGAUUAUAUGACUAUCGGUGUUGGAAUCUGCAAUGCCUUAAAACACCCUCUUCACAACCUCACUCUGAUUAUAAGCUUCUAUCAAGAUCAUCAAAAUGGUGUCAAUAACUAUAGGUUGGAUACACGGUUAUCAAUAGCGGGUGCAAACAAAGUCGUUCUUCCAGCGUUGCAGGAAUACGGUCGAGCAUAUCACGAGUGUCGAGUAGUAUUCUUCACAGCAGGACAAUACAAAAUUGAUAUCCAAUGUGGCAGCUCUAAGUCUGAUCCAAGCCCGGUGACAAUUUGUACAGAACUCGUGAAUGCAGGUCACACAUGGCGCUUUAUACCACCCAUCGAAAUUUCUGUUAGCGAUCGUAAAAUUUUUAAAGAACGGUAUUAAAUCUUUUCACGUACAGCCUGCGAUGAGAUGACAUCAUGGGUAUCGGGCAUUUUACAUUGGAAAUCAUAUUUGGACCUUUUAUCUCUUAUUUCAACUUAAAUAUGUAUGUACUUUACUUAUCCAUUAAAGAAACUUCUCAAUUUCUUUCAAUUCUUGCGUCAAUUUAGCCGUUUUGGCAUAGUGUUCCAUGUUUAUAUAUAUUGUAAAGAAGCAACACUGAUGCCAUCUAGCUGAAAAAUAAAGAAAUUAUUAUAAUCAUGA